CAGCUGCGUCUCAUACCCUCCUGCGCCCCCAGGAUGGCAGCUCGGCCAAAAGGGGUCUGGGCGAUGGUCGAGCACCGAGCUGCGCAAGGAGAAGUCCCGGGACGCGGCCCGCAGCCGGCGCAGCCAGGAGACCGAGGUGCUGUACCAGCUGGCGCACACGCUGCCCUUCGCGCGCGGGGUCAGCGCCCACCUAGACAAGGCCUCCAUCAUGCGCCUCACUAUCAGCUACCUGCGUAUGCACCGCCUCUGCGCCGCAGGGGAAUGGAACCAGGUGGGAGCAGGGGGAGAAGCACUGGAUGCCUGUUACCUGAAGGCCCUGGAGGGCUUCGUCAUGGUGCUCACGGCUGAGGGAGACAUGGCUUACCUGUCGGAGAAUGUGAGCAAACACCUGGGCCUCAGUCAGCUUGAGCUCAUCGGACAUAGUGUCUUUGAUUUCAUCCAUCCCUGUGACCAAGAGGAGCUUCAGGAUGCCCUGACCCCCAGGCAGAGCUUGUCCAAAAAGAAGCUGGAGGCCCCCACCCAGCGGUGCUUCUCCUUGCGUAUGAAGAGCACCCUCACCAGCAGGGGGCGCACCCUCAACCUCAAAGCGGCCACCUGGAAGGUGCUGCACUGCUCCGGGCACAUGAGGGCCUACAAGCCCCCUGCACAGACUUCCCCUGACCUGGAGCCUCCCCUGCGGUGCCUCGUGCUCAUUUGUGAGGCCAUACCCCAUCCGGGCAGCCUGGAGCCCCCGCUGGGCCGGGGGGCCUUUCUCAGCCGCCACAGCCUGGACAUGAAGUUUACCUACUGUGACGAGAGGAUUGCGGAGGUCGCUGGCUACAGCCCUGAGGACCUGAUUGGCUGCUCCGCCUACAAGUACAUCCAUGCCCUGGACUCCGACGCGGUCAGCAAGAGCAUCCACACCUUGCUGAGCAAGGGCCAGGCAGUAACAGGACAGUAUCGCUUCCUGGCUCGGAGUGGUGGCUACCUGUGGACCCAGACUCAAGCCACUGUGGUGUCAGGUGGCCGGGGCCCCCAGUCUGAGAGUAUUGUAUGCAUCCACUUCCUAAUCAGCCGGGUGGAGGAAACCGGAGUGGUGCUGUCCCUGGAGCAGACGGAGCGACACUCUCACAGACCCGCUCAGCGGGCCACCACCUCUCAGAAGGAUGCCCCCAGUCCUGGGGGCAGCCUCGACACCCCUGGUCCCCAGAUCUUGGCCUUCCUGCACCCCCCUGCACUGAGUGAAGCUGCCCUGGCCGCUGACCCUCGCCGUUUCUGUAGCCCUGAUCUCCGCCGCCUCCUGGCGCCCAUCCUGGAUGGGGCUUCAGCAGCUGCCACCCCCAGUGUGCCCCCAGCUGCACGGCGCCCCCAAAGUCCUCUUCCGGCUGAUCUCCCCAGUGAGUUACAUGUGGAUGUGGAGAAUUCACACAAACUGUUUGCCUCUGGGAAAGUCCUCAAGGCAGUGGAGACAGAUGUAGAUAUAGCUCAGGACGUCGAUGCUCUGGAUUUGGAGAUGCUGGCCCCCUACAUCUCCAUGGAUGAUGACUUCCAGCUCAACUCCAGCGAGCAGCCACCCAGGGCCUACCACAGACCUUCAGGGGCUGUCCCCCGGCCCCGCGCUCGGAGCUUCCACGGCUUGUCACCCCCAACCCCUGAGCCCUCUCUGCUGCCCCGCUGGGGGAGUGACCCCCGGCUGAGCUGCUCCAGCCCCUCCAAAGGGGACCCCUCAGCACCCUCCCCCAUGUCUGGGGCCCGGAAGAGGACCCUGGUCCAGAGCCCAGAGGACGAGGACGAAGGGGUGGAGGUACUGGGAGUGAGACCUCCCAAGCGUCUGUCCAGCUCAGAGCCCGAACACUUUCUCCUGCCUCCCCUCAGCCUGAGUUUCCUUCUGACGGGAGGACCAGCCCCAGGGAGCCAGCAGGAUCCCAACACCCACCUCUUGGACAUGAGUGAGCCCCUGGGUGAGUAGCAACCUAGAUGUGCAGAGGCCAUGGGGACCCCCUUGCCCCUGGGAGAAAGAGGGAUGGAGCCAUC